GCUCGGCACGGUGCUCGGACGCGGUGCAUGGGCACAGUGCUCGGUCAGGGUGCUCAGCCUGGCGCAUGGGGGUGUUGCGCACGCACCGGUACGCGCGCACAGUGCGCAGGCACGGUGCCAGGGCAUGGCAUGCGGAUACGGCGCUCGGGCACCGCGCACGGCCGUGGUGCUCCGGCACCGCGCACGACCACGGUGCUCGGACGCGGCGUUUGGGCGCGGCGCACGGCCACGGUGCUCGGACGCGGUGCUUGGACGGGGCGCAUGGGCACGGAGAGGGUGCUCGGGCACGGUGCAAGGGCACGGUGCACGGACGCGGUGCUCGGGCACGGUGCACGGAUGCGGUGCUCGGACACGGCGCUCGGGCGCGCUCCGCAGAUACGGCGCUCGGGCACGGCGCUCGCCCACCGCGCACGGACACGGCGCUCGGCCACGCUGCCCCGGCACAGAUGCGGCGCUCGGGCACCCCCGUGGCGCUUGGCCACGGCGCUUGGCCGCGGUGCCGGUGCCCGCCGCACGCCUCCGCUGCGUGGCCGCCCUCCCGGCACCGUACCCCGCCGCGGCGCCCGGGCCCCAUGCCCGCCGGCGCUCAGCACCGCGCUUGGCACCGCGCUCCCCGCCAGCUCUCUCGGGCUCGCUCCCCUCCCCGAAUCACCGGUGUCUCCCCCACGGCGAGGGCUCGGCCGGGCAUCCCGCUUCUGCCCGUCUCUUUCUUUCCCCCCCCUUUUUUUUCCAUUUUUUUGGGGUUUUAUUGGUGCUACUUUCUUCCCCUUCGGCUUCCCGUCAGCGCCGGGGCAGCAGCUCCCCCGCGCCCCCCAAACCAAGGCAAAUACCUCAACCCCCCCACCCCCCCAAGCCCCCCGCAGCGCCGCAGCAGCGAAGGCGAGCGAAACCGGGGCGAAUCUUUCCAAAAUCAGGGAUCCUUUCGCAGCGGUGUUUCUUCCUUAAUUUUUUUUUUUUUUUCUUCCCCCCUCCUUUAUCCCUUUCCGCCUGGGUUUUUCCUCAUUUUUCCGCAUCCUUCAGGGAUUACAAACCGCCGUAAUUUCAGCCUCAGUUUUAUUCCAGGAGCAGAUUUUGGUUUCGGUUUUUUUUUUUUUUUUUUUUGGCCAGUGGGUUUUUGCACCGCGGCGCCAAAAGGAAAAAAAAAAAAAAGAGGUAAUAAUUCAAAAUUGGAAAAAUAAAGCGCCGUUUCUUCUCGGAUUCGGGAAUUUGAUUGGAGGCGGGGGGGGUUUAUUUUUGGCGUUUUUGUUGGGUUUUUUUUUUUUUUUUUGGGAUAAUUGAGGAGGGGAGGUGGGACGGCGGCAGGCGGAGGAGGGGGACACCGCGGGGGUGUCCCGGCGGCUCCGAAAAAUUCACACUUGAAGAUUUCUUGGUCGGCUCGGGACUGUGGUUACUUGAAAUGAAGUUUUUUUCCGGGGCGGAUCGAGGACCGGUAGAUUUUUUUCCCAUGUCUCAAGGCAAUAGGAUUAAUGUGUAUUAAACUGUAGAUACUUCUAGGACAGUAAAUUUAUGCUGAUAAUUUUAUUUUGUAUAAUUUUCCCUUUUUCUUUUUUCCCCUCUUUGUGGUUUGUUUUGGUUUGGUUGUUUUUUUUUUUUUUCCCCUCCCCUUAACACCCUUUUCUUUUUCCCUUUCCCCCCUCAGUGUUUUUGGUAAAUUUAUUUUUUAGGAUGCCUAAAAAUUGCAAGUUUGGAUCCUCCCCCUUCCUUCCCCGGUUUUGGUUUUGUUUUUUUGUUUUGUUGUUGUUUUUUGUUUUUUCGUUUUUGUUUUUUUUUUUUUAAUUUGUAUUUUAUUCUAAGUUACGCGCGGCCGGCCGGGCCGCGAAAUGUAUUAUUCCUGAUAUCUUUAAAAUAUUGUGGGUGUUUUAAUAAAUUUUAUAUUUAUUUUUUGCACUCAA